UAAUCGCCAAUCCAAAUGCCCAAGGCAUCAGUUGCAAUGUUGACUAGGAAGUGUGCGAUUCCCUGCAUUCUAUUGGCUUUGCUCGGCUCCAGCUGUGUCCUGGCAUCGGAGUCAUGUUUCUAUUGCCGCGGCAUCAACUGUCAAAGGAGCAGCUAUCAGGCCACAGAGCAGUGUGUCGAUCAGCUCGAUGCAUGUGUCAGUGUAUUUGAGGGGGGCGUGAUUAGGGCGCAGGGCUGUCUGGAACGACUAGACGACAGCUGGCGAAAGCAAUGCGAGACCAAAGCGCACUCCCGAUUGCAGUGCGAGAUUUGUGUGAGCGAAAAGUGCAACAAUAUUAGCCCCCCUCAGCUGUCCUGUGUGCAGUGUAAGGAUACGCAGGAUGAACAAUGUCGAACUGCUCCAGAGCAGCUGGCGGCACAAACCUGUGGCAUAGCUCGCAGCGGACGCAACCUGUGCUAUGCGAGCAUCAGGAACCAACAGGUCGAGAGAGGUUGCUCACUAACAUUAGCUGAUCAGCGCACUUGCCUGGCCGAUAUCAAUUGCCAGCUCUGCGACCCAUCGGAAAUAGAACAUUGUAAUGCUCAGCCUAUCGAGGAAAUAGAAGAGACGACCUCCACGAGCACAACUGAAUCGAGCUCAACUGCAUCGAGUUCCAGUUCUAGUUCCAGUUCAAGUUCCAGUUCCACGUCAACUAGUACCACUACAGCUACUACCACUGCUAGCCCAACAACUACUACCACGCCAACCACAACGCCUCAGCCCGGCAGUGCUCAAAGCUUGUGUACGAAAAAUAUUCCCAUUUUGCUAUUGGCUUUGCAGCUGGCUAUGUAUUUUUAUGCCUCCAAUAAAUAAUUUGGGCGAAAAAAAAUAUCGUUGGAUUUUGGGUUCCCACGACCUUCUCUCAGUCAUAAAACCAACUAAUAAUCAUUAAGCGACUGUUAAUGUUCAUAAAUAACGAUUAAGUACUUAAUAAGACCUAUAAAUAUAUAAAUAUACAAUUAUAUUUAUAUAUUAUAUAGGGCUUACAAUGCUCAGCAUAUAGAGAUAACUAAAAUUCAAAUUAAGUUUAAUCCUCAAAUACUUUCCUUCUUUUCUUCCAUAACAAACAACACUUGUAUAGUUAGUCUUAAUAAAAAUUCAGCUUAUCUAGGGAAUUCAAACGAAUUAUGCAAUUGGAGCCCAACAUCUAAGACGUUCAAACACUUUCGGUACAAAUAAACCCCAAUAUAAAAAUUAAUCUAAACUUGAUUAGAAGAGAUUAAAGAGCAUCGUAAAAUAAUAGAGGAAAAACCGAGAGGGAUAUGAAACGCAUGGUAACAACAUAAGGAAUGAUACGGAAAUUCCACGAAAAAUUUGACCAAGAUGAUAAGAGGUCAACGAUUAGAACACCCCAAAGGCAAAGAACUUCCUGAAACCCUACAAGCGAUCAAAGGCACAUAGCAAGUUUAUCAAUUGAUAAGAUUUGAGUGCAGCGAUACUGGAAAUUGUUAUUAUUGCGCCUCCAAAUGCGCUUCCCAACUGUGUAACUGUGAAUCAGUAGACAAUAAAUGUCUACAUAAUACCAAUAAAAUCAAUAUAAAUACA